ACAUCACAAUUGAUAAAUUCACACUGAUCGUGGUUGUGCACUUAUUUAUGCACUGCACAAUAUAUCGUUGGGAAAUAUCUUCUACCUGGGAAUUAUUUUCUUAGUUUCAAAACUAAAGCACAUGGUUGUUCAGUUGCUGUUAAAUCCUAGAACGAAAUUUUGAAUUCUAUUUCAAACUUUUGGUUGCCCGGUGCGCUUCAUUGCUUUAACUGGCCUUUUGGUUUUCCGGUGGCCGCCAUGGGCUUAGUGGGCCUAAUAAGCAUUAGCAGAGCACGUAUCCACUGAUUCGCUGUUCCCCUGAAGGGAAAAAAAAUGGACUCCUCAUCUUCUACCACGGAAUCCCCAAAUCGAAUCCGACGGGACGCCGGCCGGAAUCCUAUUCCACUGCGGCCUCCGCCUCCGAGCCUCCGAGGCUGGCGGUGGAGCGAUGAGUAGAGGAGGCACGGCCGAGCAUCCAUGGCGCCGCCACCGCCCUUCUUCUCCGCUAACAGCAUCAUCGCCUUCUCCACUUAAUACUUGAAAGAAGCCGCCGGUCAACAGAUGGGAUCCGGAGCUCAUCCAUGCCCUCCACGCCUCCACCACACGAAUAUCAUCGACACUGGUCGACACAUGUGGUGCGGAGCUCCCCCAUGCCCUCCACCACUCAAAUAUUGUCGACAUCAUCAUCUUAUUAUCUGCGCUCUCCUGGCAACCAAGCAAGAAGCAAGCAGGCUCAGACCGUGCUUAUCCACAUUGCACUGCACUUGUGCUUCUCUGUAUUCCUGCGAGUCCUGUCCUUGGCGUUCCAAUGGCGGAGGUGGUGGCCACCGUGGUGGUUGGGCCACUACUCAAAAUCGUGAGGGAGAAGGCAUCCGGCUAUCUCCUCGACAAGUACAAGGUGUCGAAGGGCAUGGAGGAGCAACAUGAGGUCCUGAUGCGCAAACUGCCUGCCAUCCUGGACAUCAUCGCCGACGCCGAGCAGGCGGCAGGCCACAGAGAAGGGGUGGCUGCCUGGCUCCAGGCCAUCAAGAAGGUGGCUUACCAGGCCAAUGAAGUCUUUGACGAGUUCAAGUACGAGGCACUUCGUCGCGAGGCCAAAAAGGAGCGACACUACAAGGAGCUUGGCUUUGAUGUGGUAAAACUCACUAGUAGAAAACAGGGCUAUGGUCCAGGCCGGCUCAGCCCAUUAGUCCCGGUUCAGUCUAGAACCGGGACCAAUGUGGGCAUUGGUCCCGGUUCGUGAGCCCAGAGGGCCGGCCGGGCCACAUGGGCCAUUGGUCCCGAUUCGUCUGGA